UGUUUCUGUUUGGUCAGAUCGAGAGAGUAAGAAGAUUUAAGGAGGAUUUAAGGAGGAUCCAGCUGUGUAAAAGCAGACACGGUGUACACCGGGACCCUGAAGCGUGAUGGAGGGAUAUCUCGUGUAUUUCUCGGCUGAAACCUGGACUCUCCUGCUGCUCCUCAUCAGUCUCGUGGUGGUGUAUGGAUACUGGCCCUAUGGACUCUUCAGGCAGUUAGGAAUCCCCGGCCCUAAGCCUCUUCCCUUCGUCGGGACCCUGUUGGAGUACAAGAAGGCUAUACAUGAGUUUGACAUGGAGUGCUUUCAGAAAUAUGGAAAAACCUGGGGAAUAUACGACGGGAGAUCUCCUGUACUCUGUACCGUGGACAGCACCAUCAUAAAAUCGGUCCUUGUGAAGGAGUUUUACACCUAUUUCACCAACAAGAAGGAGCAGAGUUUGGGCGGCCCUCUGAAAGGCACUCUGUUCGACAGCAAAGACGAGGAAUGGAAGAGGAUCAGGAGCGCCCUGUCGCCACUGUUCACCAGCGGCAGGCUGAAGGAGAUGUUUUGGAUCAUGAAGAACCACUCAAACACUUUGGUCAAAAAUCUGGAGAAGACAGCGAAGCAAGGCGGUGGAGUUAACAUCAACAAGUUGUUCGGGGCGUACACCAUGGACGUGAUCACCGGCUCGGCCUUCAGCGUCAACAUCGACUCCCUCAACAACCCCAACGACCCGUUCGCGUCCAACGUCAAGAAGAUGAUGGACUUUAAUUUAUUCAGUCCUGGGCUUUUCAUCGCAGCGCUCUUCCCGUUCCUGCUGCCAGUGAUGGAGAAACUGAACUUCAGUGUUUUCUCAGAAUCGGCUCUGGAAUUCUUUUUUGCUGCUCUGAAAAGGAUCAAAGUGGAUCGACUGGACGAGAACUAUAAGAGGAGAGUGGACUUCCUGCAGCUGAUGAUCGAAUCUCAGACCUCACCGAAGAACGAAGACCAGAAUGGAGACCAGAUAAAAAAAGGUCUGAGCGAUAACGAGAUCCUCUGCCAGUCCGUGAUCUUCAUGUUAGCCGGUUACGAGUCGGGCAGCAGCAGUCUGUCCUUCUUCUUCUACAACAUGGCCACCAACCCUGACGCCAUGAGGAAACUUCAGGAGGAGAUCGACCACACCUUCCCCAACCAGGCUCAGGUGGAGUACGACCCGCUGAUGAACAUGGACUAUCUUGAAGCCACUCUGAGCGAAUCCCUCCGAUUGUUCCCGGCCGCGAAUCGGCUAGACAGGUUCUGCAAGAAGACGGUGGAGAUCAACGGCAUUACAAUCCCUAAACAGGCCAGCGUCGUGGUGCCCAUUUACGCCCUGCACAGGGAUCCUGAAUACUGGCCCGACCCGGACGUCUUCAACCCAGAGAGGUUCACCAAGGGCAACAAGGAGAACGUCGACCCCUACAUGUACAUGCCGUUCGGUGCGGGACCGAGGAUCUGCAUCGGGAUGAGGUUCGCCCUGGUGUCUCUGAAGCUGGCCAUCGUGGAGAUCCUGCAGAGAUUCGACGUCUCCACUUGCGAUGAGACCAAGAUUCCGCUGGAGUUCUGCAGCAAGCUUUUUAUGUGUCCCAAAGAGCCCAUCAAACUCAAGUUCACUCCUCGAGGUGUCGGAGCCUCCAAAAACGACCAGCACUGAUAAAUCGACGUUUCUAAACGACAGGAUAUUUGAUUUACGCUUUUGUUUGCUAUCCGGGCGCCUAUACAGGCGAUGAUCAGCUUUCUAAUAACUCUCCAACGAUCGGCUCGCUAAUAACUCUCUAAUGAUAAGCUUUUUAAUAACUGCUGCAGUUACGACCUCAUGAGUGGUCUACAGCAGGCGAGGUGAAACACAAUCAGGGAAUUGGAUAUGACUAAAUGCAGUUCAUAGGAAUGUAUUCUGAGCAGCGCGUGUGCAUACAAUAAAUACAUCCGUCCGA